UGAGACCUGACUGAGUUCCGGGCGCAGGGCGGCCACUGGAGGAGAGCAGGCUGCGGCUCUCGCAAGCGUUGGAGGGAGAGCCGCCGCGAUGUUCCGGAUCGAGGGUCUCGCGCCGAAGUUGGACCCGGAGGAGAUGAAGCGGAAGAUGCGUGAGGAUGUGGUCUCUUCCAUUCGGAACUUCCUCAUCUACGUGGCCCUGCUGCGAGUCACUCCAUAUAUCUUAAAGAAGCUGGACAGCAUAUGAGGAUUGGGAGUCCCGUGGACGCACGGCAUGAAGAGCCUGGGGACGGUUUCUCCUCCUGUCUGCAGAUGAAUUGGCCCAGAAAGGUGUAAGACUGAUUAAACGGACAUAAAAACUGCUUGUUGAGAACAAGUCAGGCUUUGAAAACUGACCUCCAUAGCUAAAAUACUUGGGAAGUGUAAAAAGAUGUCUUGUGGGCGUGGUGCCCUUAGGCCUAUGAAAUCCACCUCUGUGAUUGCUGAAUGGAAUGGUAAAUGGUGUGUGUCAGGCUCUGAGGGGCUUCUGUCUGAAGUGGUAUGUCCCUGUAGUCGUUUCUGUUUACUUCUGUUCAAAUUGUUAUUUGUGAAGAGUCUGUUUGGAAGUCAGCACACCCCCACGAUGACAUUUAAGCACAGUCUAUAUUUUUAAUAAACAUUCUGAUGAAGAAA